AUGACUCUUACGCCAUGGCUAUUAUUCUUUCUCCUCCUCGCCUUCUUCUUGAAUCCCUCCGUCGCCUCUUCUUCUUCUGCGAGCCGUUACAUUAUUCAAGUGAAAGAUCAGCCGACUGAGCCGCUGAUGGAAGGGAGCCUGAAGAGGUGGCACGAAUCUUUCCUGCCACCAGCCGUCGAUGCGUCUGGUGUUGAUCGGCGGCUACUGCACUCCUACAGCGACGUAUUCAGCGGAUUCGCGGCCAUGCUGACGGAGGAAGAGCUGCAGGCGAUGGGGAAGAAGAAUGGUUUCGUCCGCGCGUUCCCGGACCGGGUGCUGCGCCUGAUGACCACCCACACGCCGGAUUUCCUUGGGCUCAAGGUCGGGAGUAAAGGGUUGUGGAAUGACUCGAAGCUCGGGAGCGGAGUCAUUGUCGGAGUUCUCGACAGCGGCGUGACGCCUGGCCACCCUUCCUACGACGACGAGGGUGUCCCGCCUCCGCCCUCGAGGUGGAAGGGCUCGUGCGAACUCGAGACCGGUUGCAACAACAAGCUCAUCGGAGCCAGGUCGAUGAUCGCCGGUGGAGGUGGUAGUCCACCCAUCGACGAGAGCGGCCACGGGACUCACACUUCCUCCACUGCCGCAGGUAACUUCGUCCGCAACGCGAGCUACUUCGGCUUCGCCAAAGGCACAGCUGCCGGGAUGGCCCCUCGGGCUCACCUCGCCAUCUACCAGGUCUGCACCGGCGCCCUCGGCAAUGAUAGCUGCAGUUCUGCCGAUGUCCUUGCCGGGUUGGAUUCAGCUGUAAAGGACGGCGUUGACAUCCUCUCAAUCUCGCUCGCCGGCGAUUCCAUACCUCUCGACCAGGAUCCCAUUGCUAUCGGUUCGUUCGCGGCAGCCAGUAAGGGGAUCUUCGUCAGUGCCUGUGCCGGAAACUCUGGACCUAACAACUUCACCCUCAACAAUGAGGCGCCGUGGAUGCUCACCGUGGCGGCUAGCAGUGUUGAUCGAAGCUUCAGGGCCUCCGUGAAGCUUCCCAGUGGGAAAGUGAUCUCCGGAGAGUCUCUCGACCAGCCUAGCAACUUUCCUAAAAGCUCUCUUCCCCUAUACUACUCCACUGAGUCGCCGACCUGCGACAUGGACCCUCUCGAUGAUAGCCACAGGGGCAGCAUCUGGGUUUGCGAGGCCGGCGGUAGGCAUAAUGUGGUGGAAUUCGCCAAGUCCCACGGCGCCAAGGCGUUGAUUUUCAUUUUCCCGAAGAAAGUGGGCGCCACCAUCAUACUGACCAAGAUGGACUUUCCCGGAGUAGUGCUGGCCAACAAAGAAGGCUCCGAUCUCAUAUCGUAUUUGAUCUCUGCUUCUAACCCCUCCGCAUCGAUUGUCUUUAACGGGACGGUUCUCGGCGUAUCCUCUAUCCCCGCCGUGGCUUGGUUCUCCUCCCGGGGGCCAUCUCAAGCAACGCCGGGAAUCCUCAAGCCAGACAUCUCUGGCCCUGGCCUUAACAUCUUUGCGGCCUGGAUUCCUUCCGAUGACACUCCUGAGUACUUUAUCCAAUCCGGCACGUCCAUGGCGGCGCCUCACCUCAGUGGUGUCGCUGCGCUCUUAAAGGCUGUGCAUCCUACUUGGUCCCCGGCAACUAUCAGGUCGGCAAUCAUGACCACGGCAGACGCCGAUGUCUCUGACGAGUUACUUGAGUCGGCGCUCUAUUUCGCCAAGGGCGCAGGACACGUCAACCCUAACAAAGCUGCUGAUCCCGGACUUAUUUACGACAUCACCGAUGAUGACUAUGUCUCCUAUAUCUGCGGCAAAUUCGGUGAAGAAGGUGCAAGAAAUAUAGCACGUAAAGUUGUGAACUGCUCGAAGAGCAUGACGGAAGAGGAGCUUAACUACCCGUCAAUUCUACUAGCCCCCAAAGGCGGGGUGGCGGCCAAAGUGACUCGGACUGUCACGAAUGUUGGACUGGCAAGAUCGAGCUACACAGUGUCAGUGACCAUAUCGAAGACUGCCGUGUCGGCUACUGUCACCCCUCAGAUGCUAACGUUCAACGAACUAAACGAGCAGAAGUCGUUCACAGUGAGUGCGGAAUGGAGCGCUGGUGGACCUCCCACUUCCGGCAAUCAAUUUGUAGAGGGAAAGUUGACUUGGACUUCUAAUGAUGGUAAAUAUGUGGUGACCAACCCAUUUGUCAUCUCUGCCCUGUAA